UACAUAUACACAUUGUGCGCAAUUCAUCGCAAAGUGCGUUCGCUUGCUCGCGCGCGCGCGCGCACACAUACGUCGCACAUUCGUACGCGGAUUAUUCCCGCGGAUUGGACCAACAUCUGGUGCACGAUGUCGAACGGUCGCGUCCUUUUCUUGAUCGUCGACGUCGAGGGGACAACCGUGAAUGCGAAACGAGAAUGAUAACAACUCGGGAGACGCGGAGGCUUAAUUGUGCUAUUUGAUCUGUGGGCGGAAAAAGAAAGAAAGAGAGAGAGAGAGAGAGAGAGAGAGAGAAAGAGAGAAAGAGAGAAUGAACGAACAGCAGCAGUAGCAACAGCAGUAACGACUAUAUAGAAACGUGCGGGCGAUUUCCAUGAAACGCGAGGCCAGGCCGCGAUAAAAUCGUGGCGCAGAGUGGAGUGACGCGACCGCGAUAAGGAGAAUUGUGAUGUGCCUCAACCGAUUCCGAACGAACGUCGGACAAUUCAUCCUAUAGAGAGGAAAAGAGAGAUAGAGAGAAUCUAAACGACAAGAGAGGAGAUGGCGACAAUAUGUAAAAAUUUACAUAGCGAGAAAGAAGUCGUGUGUACAUGGUCGCUCGUUUGUUUAGGUGAAAAACGAACGGAUUCUAGGGACCCGUGUAUGGAUGAUUUGUAUAGAUGAGGCACCAAAUUGUAGCUUGUACGAGAAUCAGUGGUGCCGAGAUGCAGGCGGAAUUGAUGUAUCGAAAACCAUCGGCGAUGACGAGCCAGGGCGGUUUUCAUCAUACCGGCAAUGAUAACAAACGGGAGAAGAAUGGCGGACGGGAUUCGCGGGAGACGAUACACUCGGGCCACUUUAUGGUGUCGGACUUCGAGGCCGAAGCACAGGACGAUGAAGACGAGCUCGCCGUACCGGUGCCGGACCAGGAGGAGUUCUCGAUCUCCACCACGCCGGGUUGCUUUUACGAGAGAUUCGCGAGUUCAUUGAACGACAAGAACACCUCUCAGCAGCUGAGCAUCGAGACGUCCUUGAACAAACUCUUCAAAUGCAUGUCCCUCGCCUACAGACAGAAGCUGACAUCGCCUAAGUGGAAUCGCUUCAAAGGCAUCAGAUUAAGAUGGAAGGACAAGAUCAGACUGAACAAUGUAAUCUGGAGAUGCUGGCAUAUGCAAUUUAUAUUGAAGCAAAACACGCUAGUGUGUCAGUUUGCAUCGCCACUUGACGUGGAUACUCACAAUAAACCCGAGGCGGUGGUCUUAGAAGGAAAAUACUGGAAACGAAAGCUCGCGGCCGUCACAGCGGAAUACAAAAAAUGGCGUAUGUUCUAUCGAAACAAAAUCCUUGGCUGGACGAACAAAGAUGGCAUAGAGAUGAUGGAAUCAAUGGACUUACUGGAUUGGGGCAGUGAAUGUGGCCUCACCAGUGACUUUGGAGUGGCUACGGGAAAUGCAUUUGGAAAUACAGGCAGUGCUUCAGGUGGAGAGAGUAUGAUGGUUGAUGAAGACUAUAUGGAGUUGAUGACCGAUACACUUUUUUCAACCAUCAGCUCGAAUCAACCGAUAUACUUUCCUGAUCCUAGAGAAAUCGCGCGAGGUGCUAACUUAGCGGAUUUCAUUCAACCUAGUCUAGGCCCGUUGCAACCGAACCUGGACGAUUUUAUGGAUACGUUAGAGCCAUUGCAAGAAUUCUUAAACUCGAAAUUGCCUCCCGUACCCGAAGAAGACGAUAUAUUUCGAAAUAAUAAUCUAAAUACUAAUUAUCCCGAUUUGGACCUGAUGACACCAAUUAAUCAAAUGAAUGAAAUAGGCGAGGUUCCGACGAUAAAAAACGAACAUACCGUGCAACAACUGUCUCAGGAAGAGCAAGAGGCUAACAUGCAGAAUCUCCAAUACACCGCCAAGAUAUAUACUCAGCCUCAACCUGAAACAGCGAAUAUGUAUAGGAAUAAUAUAACUAUGAGUCAAAAUUAUGCUCUUCAACCGAACUUCGAGGCGUCCGUUACGACAAAUCAAUCCAUACGAGAAAAGACUAGAGGUAGCAGAGGAUUGUCAAGAAACGGCCGGGUGAUACAGCAAUCCCAACAACAGCAGCAACAGGAUAUAUAUCAAGCGACCGCGCAGCAGCAGAAUUCGGGCUUCCAAUCGCAACCCCCGCAGUCUUACGCGAUGGAGAUUCAAGCGGUGCGAUUAACACCGGUGCAGCCACAAUCUGUGCAGAUCUCUACACUGAAUGAUCAAUCAGCAGUUAAUGCCAGUCAUAUACCUGCAAUUACCGCCGCUGCUGUGCAAAAUCUGGUGACGGUACAGCAUAAUUUUGCCACGCAAGCCGUCAAUUCGCAACUGCAGACCCAGCAUCAAGCAAUAAGGCCUUUACCGACUCUCUCGCCGAUGUCUAGCAAACCUUACAAGAUCGUCCAGCCGCAGCAGCAGUGUUAUAAGUUUCCAAAUCUCGUACAGAAUCUUAAUGCUCAACAGUGUAAAUUUAAUACUAAUAGCUUACUUAAGACGCAUCAUACGCAACAAGUAGUAUCGUCGGAGCAACCAUCGCAAUCACAGAUAUUGCUACAGUGUAGGUCAUCCAGUUUGGAUCUUACUACGUCCACUUUGCAUACCAAGCUGUUACCUCAACCGACGACGUCCAACGUAGAGAAAGAAGAGAUCUUCGCUGUACCUAAGUAUCAAAUGAAAGGGAGGAAUAGAUCCCGAAGUAGCUCUUCUUUAACGGCGCCUAGAAUACAUCCACCGCCGCUAGUAUCUGCAGUGAGCGACCCAGCUCUGAAUCUGAAUAACAAUGUUUUGCUUGCACGCUUACUUACGAAUAGUAAAGUAACGCAAGUAACGACAACUCAACAUAUCACGACCCCAGUGACUGUACAAACAAUACAAACUUCUAGUAUACAACAGACUCAACCACAGCAACAGACAAUGCAGCCAUCCACAACCCAACAGAUUCUCUUAAAUGCGAAAAAUCAAACGCAUCAGUCUCACAAUAGUCCAAUAGGCUCACCAAAGGAUAGCUCUAACGCACACAGUCCUCAGGCUUUAAGUCUUAGCCCUCUACAUAGUCCCAUGAGUAUAGGUAGUCCUUUAUCACCCACUCGUGGAUACAUGAAGAGUGAGUCAGAAAGGGGGCAGUACAAAGAGCAGAGGCGAGUCGGUCAUAUUCAUGCAGAACAGAAGCGUAGAUAUAACAUCAAGAAUGGCUUUGAUAUGCUGCACAGUUUGAUACCACAGCUCAGUCAGAAUUCCAAUACGAAAUUGAGCAAAGCCGCAAUGUUACAUAAAGGGGCGGAUUAUAUCCGACAACUUAAGGCGGAAAGACAUCAAUUAAAAGAUGAGAUGGAUAGUCUGAGACAACAAAUUGAGUGCCUUAAUAUGUCUAUUAGUAAUUGUCAAUCUAUGCUUCCUGCAACGGGUGCUCCAAUUGGUUCUAGACAUAGAACUAGCAAGAUAAAAGAGAUGUUUGACGAAUAUGUACGUGUGCGCACGCAAGAAGACUGGAAAUUCUGGAUUUUCAGUAUAUUGUUAGAACCAUUGAUGCUGUCUUUUAAUGCUUCAGUCUCAACUGCGAGUAUCGAGGAUUUGUAUAGAAGUACAUUAUUGUGGGUAGACCAACAUUGUUCACUCGUCGAUCUCAGACCAGCUGUUUUGAAUUCUCUCAAGACUCUGUGUACUGCCACUGAUAUUUUAUCAGAUCCGACCCGCCUUCCCGAAGAAGCGCUUGCGGCAGUCAAUCGAACGGAACGCCGACGAUCCAUGCAGUGAUCAAGUGCGUGAAUUCAACAGCGCGUUUGUAUAAAAAAAGUUUAAGGUUUAGAUA